CUACACGGCGUGGCAGACGGCGUGCGGCCACAGCUUGUCGGGCAGCCCAGACAUCGACUUCAGUUUCUUGACCUUGGCCUUGACGAUGCCGACCCGCCGCUCGACUGGGCCGUUCUGGUGCUGCUCGUGGCUUGCCGUCCAGCGCUGCCUGAUGCCCAGCUCCUGGCACUUGCGGGCGAACAUUCCGCCCGCCACCUCACCCCCGCCCAGCUCUCCGGCUUGGUCGCUCCUCAGCUCCUUCGGCUUGUCGCCCAUCACCUGGAUGAUCCGCUCUAACGCCUGACCCGCCUCCGCUCGGUUCCUCAUGAGCGAGACGCACGAGAAACCCGACGCGUCAUCCCGCACGAUCAGGUAGCCCUUGUGACCACGAUUCGACUCCUGCAUGGGCUCGUAGUCGGCGUACCACACGUCGUUGGGUUUUGCCGAUUUGGUGCGGUUGAUGCCUCUGGGCUUGCGGGGGAGGUCUCCAUCGACGCAGGGCUGGCAGUAGUUCUCCUUGGGGUAGCUGCUGGGCUGCUGGAAGCCGAUGGUCGACCGCUCCAUCUCCUUCAUGGUCUCGUCAGACACGUGUAGCCGGUUGUGCGCCACCAUGUAGGUCGACUCGGUCGACUUGAGGGGCGCCACCACUUCUUGCUCGACACGACAACUGACACCACACUCAGAGACAGCAUGAGUCUUUGCCUCACUCAUCUGCUCUGUUUUGGGAGGGGGGACACUUCCCUGGUGUGUAGAAGCUCCCGCAAGGGGCCCGGCUUUACCUCCGCCACUCGGCGACGGUCCGGCCCUCCUCUCCGACCCUUGUCGGUCGUUCCUUGAGGCGCUCGAAGCAGCCCCGGGUGCCGCACAUCCCCUCUUAAGGCCAGCCGCAUCGCCAGCCCCCUCUCGACUCGCCGACCCUGACGGUGAUGUCGUGGUUGUCUCGCACACGUGCUGCGCGGGCUGCUCGGUCUCGCGGAGAUACGCCUUCAUCCCCUUGUCGACCAGCUGCACCCUGUGGCCGGUCUUGCAGUCCUCGAUGAAGGACUGGUCCUUCUUGUAGGUGUCGUGGAUGAAGCGCUUGCCCUCCUUGCCGAGCCGUCCAGAGCUGAUGAUGUUGUGCUGGAUGGACCGACACAGCAGGACAUCCCGCAGCACCAGGGGUCCGUCGCUGGUCUGCAGGGUGAGUGUGCCGGUGCCGUCGGCUUUGACCACCGUGCCGUCCGCCGUCUCGAUGCGGUUGUCGCACUGCUUGACGUUGGGCAGCUUGGUCUCGUCCCACGUGAUGUGCUUGUCGCUGCCAGAGUCGACCAUGAAGUCGUCCACCUUCUCCUUGCUCAACAUUGACGCACACCUAUUGACCGACAACAACUGACAGACAGGCGUGGGCUCUUGCUCGCCAGCCUCUGUCUGUCUGCCCUUCGCCACCUGCCCGUCAUUCUGACCUGAAUGCGGGCCGGGGCGAGCAUCAGAUGCUACUUUGUUAGGGGCCCCGGACCCCAUGCUUUGUUGUACGGGGCUUGUCGCUUGCACACCACUCGACCCGCAAGGCGACACCACUGGCUCGUCCACUGCCCUGACCAUCGCCACGGUGUAGUGGGCGUCCUCAUCGCCCUCGUCCUGCAUGGCGUUGACUGCCGCUGCCCUGAGCUUGCUGGCGAACCGCUGGAAGCCGAAGGGCUCCUGGCCGUAGGGCGACUGGCUCCAGUCGACGCGGUUGUCGCGGAUGUCUCGCUUGAGCUUCUUGCACGCGAACCACUUGUCCUUGUGCUUGCCGCAGUACCAGCAGCCGUCGGGUCCCUGGGCUGGUGCGGCUCCCUCCUUGCGGAACCGACUUGGACCACCCUGGGCACCCCCUCUCGCCUGCCCCUGCCCCCUCUCGCCUUGGGGGGACCCUGAUGGGGGCUUAUGGCGAAGUGCCGCCACCGUGCUGCUGUCUGCCGCGCUCUCCGCCGCCUUGGCGUUGUCGCUUGCGCUAAGGAGACGCUGCUUGAACGUGUCCCAGCUCGCCGUGGCUGUGCUCUCCUCACUCGCGAUGAUCUCCAGGAACACCCCAUACUGGGGCAGGCCGUGCAGCACCCGCUGGAAGUUGUUGACCUUCAUGAUCUCUCCGAUGGUCUGGCCCGCCGCUCCACACCUCCUGGCAGCGCCCUCGUAGCGUGCCAGCUCCUUCGCGACGUCAUCCGACUCCAGCUUGAAGUCGUUGUACGCCCUGAUGUCCCUUGCCUUCUGAUGCACCCGCCGUGGGUCGUAGUAGCUGACCAGCUGCAGCCACAGCCAGCUCCCGUCGCGCUGCUUGUCGUCCUCGACGCUCAGCAGGAUCUCCUGUGCCUUGCUCGGUGGCCCUGUCGUCCUCACGAUGGACUGGCUGAGGUGGAAGGCCAGCUCCUUCUGCCGCUUCCGUGUCCGCUCGUCUUGCCCGAUCUGCUCGUAGGCGGCCUGCGUCUCAGGCAGCAGAGUCUCCGCGUCCAGUGCCGCAUAGUGGGCCUUGUACAGACCCCUGAAUGGCUCCCAAUGCUCGUCAUCGCCGUCGAACUUGAGCAGCACAUUCCUCACACUCGGACCCCCUCCGUUUCCCACCUGCUGCAGGAUCUGAGUCAGCUGCUCGCUGGUGAGGGUCAGUGAUCCUCCUGUCGCCAUUAUCUCGCUAAUGGGAUGGGGAUCUCAGUCGCCAUCGAUGAGACAUGCAUGCGGUGCUCACGCCGGUAGAUCUCUCAUUCAACCUCAGAUGCGCCCAUGUCAGCGUGAGCGUGGCACACGUAUGUCGGCAUAUCCUUGACCCGAAAGGAUAUGUAUGCGCAUCACAACCA